AUGAAAAGCAGCGUGUACCUAAUUUUCUGUUUAUUUUGUGUGAAGCAGUUUGCAUGCGCGGAAACGGAAGGAAAUGUCGACGGCGUCCAGAAUGUGGAGGUCAAAGAAUUGGGGAAGCCGAAUUUGAGGACUGCCGUGACGGGGUUUUCGGACCCCCCAGUGAUGCCGGAAGAUGAGGAGGUAACCCAGCAAGAAAAUUGCAGUGACUGUAAUACACCUACUUCAACUGAAUGCACAGAAUGUGAAAGCAAAUGUUCAGAUUCUGAAAGCGAAUGCACAGAUUCUGAAAGCGAAUGCACAGAUUGUGAAAGCAAAUGCACAGAAUGUGAAAACAAAUGCCCAGAAAGUUGUGACUGCGAUAAUGCAUGUCCAGAGGGCUGUGUCGUUGAGGAGAACUGCAAAGGCGAUGAUUGUUCAGGAAGCCCAGCAUGUGAUGCAUGUGAUGCAUGUGAGAAGGAAUGUGAAAAGGAGCAAACAGGAGGAAGUGUGGACGCUGCACCUGGUGUCUUGCCUGCGGCAGAGCAGCAAACCGAACAAAGUGAAGUUCCAUCCUCCCCCUCAGUGGCCACUGUAGAAGAGCAAAAUCAGGAAUCUGAGCAGAAUACGCCCGUAGCCGAUGCAGAACCGAGUGAUGCCUCCCCCGUCGAAGCUGUUGACGGUGUGAAUUCCGUACAAGAACCUGAAGAGGAGGGAACGCAGGUAGAACAGGACCCCCUAAUAUUGACAGAAGAUCCGGAGGAGGCCCAAAGAAUUAUGCAUGAAAUGUAUAGCGGCCUCAGCCAGGUUGAAGAUAAGGAAGAAACCGUUUCGGAGGAAAAUGAUGAUGAGGGAGAUGACCAGGUGGUCGAUGAAAAUGGGCAACAACAGGAAAGUGAAGAGGAAAGUGAAGAGGAUGAAAAGGAUGCACAGGAUGAUGAGGGUGCAGAGGGAAAUAAUACAUUGAUCCCAUCCAAUGACACCGCAACAGACAACAGCGAAAUUGGUAAUACUAAAACAGAAAACGAGAAUUUAGUGGACGGCUUGGUGACCAUGCUGAAGGAAGAUAACGAAGUUGACGAGUCCGUCAAAGUGUUAGCACAGGACAUGGCUCAAUACUUUUUAAAUAACAUGGACGAGGGAAAUGGGGUUGCAUGA